GGGCACAAAGAUGCUUAGGCUGGGCUACACCAAACCUGGGUCCUGGGCCAGCUUCUGGGCCAUCCUGACCUUAGUGGGCCUGGUCACUCGUGCAGCCCAGAAAACCGAUGUCGGCGGGGAGUCAACGGGCACCUCCAUCAACCACUCCCAGACGCUGCUCCAACGCCUGCAGGAGCUGCUGCGGCAGGGCAAUGCCAGCGACGUGGUGCUGCGGGUCCAGGCUGCGGGCACCGACGAGGUCCGGGUCUUCCACGCCCACCGCCUGCUGCUGGGACUGCACAGCGAGCUGUUCCGGGAGCUGCUGAGUAACCAGAGCGAGGUGGUGCUGCAGGAGCCCCGGGACGGUGCUGCGGUCUUUGACAAGUUCAUCAGGUACCUCUACUGCGGCGAACUGGUCGUGCUGCUGGCGCAGGCCAUCCCCCUGCACAGGCUGGCCGCCAAGUACGGCGUGUCCUCCCUGCAGCGGGGCGUGGCCGAGUACAUGCGCGCACACCUGGCGGGCGGCGCGGGCCCGGCGGUGGGCUGGUACCACUACGCCGUGAGCACCGGGGACGAGGCCCUGCGCCAGAGCUGCCUGCAGUUCCUGGCCUGGAACCUGUCGGCCGUGGCGGGGAGCGCCGAGUGGGGCGCCGUGAGCCCCGAGCUGCUGGCGCAGCUGCUGCCGCGCUCGGACCUGGUGCUGCAGGACGAGCUGGAGCUGUUCCACGCGCUGGAGGCGUGGCUGGGCCGCGCGCGGCCGCCCCCGGCCGUGGCCGAGCGGGCGCUGCGCUGCAUCCGCUACCCCAUGAUCCCGCCGGCGCAGCUCUUCCAGCUGCAGGCGCGCUCGGCGGCCCUGGCGCGCCACGGCGCGGCGGUGGCCGACCUCCUGCUGCAGGCCUACCAGUUCCACGCCGCCUCGCCGCUGCACUACGCCAAGUUCUUCGACGUCAACGGCAGCUCCUUCCUGCCCCGCAACUACCUCGCGCCCGCGUGGGGCGCCCCGUGGGUCAUCAACAACCCGGCCCGCGACGAUCGCAGCACCAGCUUCCAGACGCAGCUGGGUCCCAGCGGCCACGACUCGGGCCGCCGGGUCACGUGGAACGUGCUCUUCUCGCCGCGCUGGCUGCCCGUCAGCCUGCGGCCCGUCUACGCGGAUGCCGCGGGCACCGCGCUGCCCCUCGCGCGCCCCGAGGACGGCCGGCCGCGGCUCGUGGUCACGCCGGCCAGCAGCGGCGGCGACGCGGCGGGCGUGAGCUUCCAGAAGACCGUGCUGGUGGGGACGCGCCAGCACGGCCGCCUGCUGGUCCGCCACGCCUACAGCUUUCACCAGAGCAGCGAGGAGGCCGGCGACUUCCUGGCGCACGCCGACCUGCAGCGGCGCAACUCCGAGUACCUGGUGGAGAACGCCCUGCACCUGCACCUCAUCGUGAAGCCCGUCUACCACCCCCUCAUCCGGACCCCGAAGUAGCCAAGCGGGGCCCGGGGCGGGAAGCUCGGCGUCCCUGAGGCCUCUGGAUCGGGAAAUACAGGCCCGGCAGAGAUGGGCCAGAGGGACUAGGAGUGGCA